UUACUACGGGCACUGGCGCUGGCAGAUAGAAGGGAAAACUACAGGGGAAGAAGAAGAGACGUUGUCGGUAGACUGAGUAGUUAAUUGAUAUCCAAAACAAAAUUCAUGUAUAGAAGAAGAACAAGUGAAUCUGAACCCAAUAGUUUGCAAAACAACAAGGAAGAGGAAACAGAAACAGAUGGAGAUGGAGGAGGAGAGAUGUGGAUUCGGAUACAUGUUGGGGGAUUGGGAGGUACUGUGACGGAGGUGGACCUGCGUCGGAUGUUCUCCGGCGGAGGAACCGUGGAGGGAGUGGACAUCGUCAGAACCAAAGGUCGCAGCUUCGCCUACGUCGACUUCCGCCCUUCCGACGACAAGUCCCUCUCCAAGCUCUUCACGACGUACAAUGGGUGCGCGUGGAAGGGAGGGAAGCUGAGGCUCCAAAAGGCUAAAGAAGAUUAUCCUGUUCGCUUGCAACGCGAAUGGGAUGAAGAUGCUGCUCGACUUGCUGCUGCUCCUCCUCCUCCAGAUGAUGCACAUGAUAUUAAACAUUCACUAUCACACUCAACCAACACCAGCAGCAACAACGCGAAGCAACUUCGGAUUUUCUUCCCUGCACUAAGAACCGUGAAAGCUUUGCCCUUUACUGGAACUGGCAAACACAAAUACAGCUUCCAGCGUCUUCAAACUCCUUCUCUCCCUGUCCAUUUCUGCGACUGUGAAGAGCAUUAUGUCCCCGUCCCUUCUCAACCUACUACUACAAAACCCAAUCAAACUCAAUCCGACAAGUUAUUAUGUGAUAAUGGGAUCAAUGAGCAAGAGCUUAAUAUAAUGACUAAAGUCAUGGACAAGCUAUUCCAAACUCAAAAUGAAACAAAUGUCGCUCAUGAUGGUACUCAUCAACAACCCCAUCAACUGCAUCUUGCUGCUACUACUCCCCCUGACGAAGACAACCUUAUCAUCAACGUUGUCUCCAGCAACCAGGAAAAAGUCGAAAAACUAUCAGAAUUUCAGGAAUUUAAAUCCACUGAAACACAAGCUCUGAAAGGGAAAAGAUCGUCACCAAGUGAAGCGCAGAUAAAUAUUAAUGAACCUCCUAAGAAAAAGAGGAAAUCCCUGCCCGGUGAUUACAACCAUCAAAAGGAAUUGGAGGCAGCUCUUUCUGGCAGCAAGAAGAAUUUGCCAACCCAGUCAAAAGUUUCAGGAAAAUUCUUUGGAGCACAACCAGAUCAACCAGAAUUAGGUCAGCAACAGGUUUCUUGGUCUCAGAAGUCUUCUUGGAGACAACUUAUCGGUCAUAGGGGAAGCAGUUCAUUCAGCGUUUCACAUGUACUGACCAGGAUUGCUCCUUCUGCUGACCAAGUUGAAACAAAAUCUGGUAGUUCAGAAGUGUCCCUUUCUGAUAGCGAAAACCAGGAUUUGGAAAGCAAUGGAAACUCGGAAGACCAGCCCAGUGAGAUGGAACUGGUGGAACCUACCAAGUCAGUUGUAGUUUCAAAUAAGUCAUCGGGUAGAGGUGCUUCUUCCACUGACCAAGUUGAACCAAAAUCUGUUAGUUUAGAAGUGCUCCUAUCAGAUAGCGAAAACCAGGAUUUGGAAAGCAAUGAAAACUUGGAAGACCAGCCCAGUGAUAUGGAACUGGUGGAACCUCAACCUACCAAGUCAAUUGGAAUUUCAAAUGAGUUUUCAGGUAGACGUCCUUCUUCCGCUGACCAGGUUGAACCAAAAUCUGGUAGUCCAGAAGUGCCCCUUUCUGAUAGUGAAAGCCAGGAUCCAGAAAGCAAUGAAAACUUGGAAGACCAGCCCAGUGAUAUGGAACUGGUGGAACCUCAACCUACCAAGUCAGUUGUAGUUUCAAAUAAGUUGUCGGGUAGAGGUUCUUCAUGGCGCCGGCAAUCCUCAUGGACACAGUUAGUUAAUGAUAAUACUGACAGUUCAUUCAGCAUAAAACAAAUUGUGCCAGGUAUCUCUUCUGAGCAGCAGGUCCUUCCAAACCCCAAAGGUGCUGAUCCUGUGAGCUCCACUGACUGCAAGCUUAUGGAGAUGGUAAAACAAGAUAAUGACAAGGGCAGGUCUUGUUUAGGAAUUGGAAGAGAAGACAGUGUUUUACUAGGUAGUCUAGAAGAUACUAUAGUAGACAACGAUGGUGCUUAUGAUCCAGAUGAUAUAACACCAAAGCAAGCAUCUGCGGCAAAUAUUGAGAUAGGUGAAACUUGCUCAUUUAUGAGGACUGCUUCUUCGUUGAAGGAAUGGGCGAAAAUCAAAGUUGCUCUAAGUGGAUCAUUGAAAAAAAAGAAUGUUGAGAAUUAGGUGGCCGUUAUUGAAGUAAUAGAAGCUUUUGCAACUGAUGGCAUCAAGUCCUGUUCUGAGAUGAUACCUCUUUCGAACGUAUAUUAGCUUUGCCUUGGAUCAGUCCCUGCAGAGUCCGAACCAGAGUUGGAGCUGCUUUUGCAUCCGUCACAUCUGUCGUUGUUACAGCUUUCUUCUGCAAGAGAUUUGGUUAACAGGGAAUUAUGCAAUUUGUUAGGGGCUUUGUAUUUUUGUUUUUUUUAGAAACUUUUUCAGUAUGUUGGUGCUCGAAUCGGCCAACUUGCUUUUCGGUUAGAAAUGGAUAUUGGGUUGCAUUAGGAUCAGACCUUCUGAAACCCCGGGGCGAUCCAAUCUCUUUGAGACUGAAAGCUGCAAAGAGGUCAUGCUGGUAUCGUAUCUGAUUUGAAUUGAGUUUUCUGUUUUGAAAGCAAAAUUUUAAUUCCUAAGCCUA